AUGACUUCAAUCGAGAACAUCUUCAACAAGCGCAAGAUCGCUGUCCUCGGUUCUCGCGCUGUCGGCAAAUCAUCACUUAUCAUUCAAUUUACCGACAACGUCUUUCACCCAAACUACUUCCCCACAAUCGAGAACACUUUCACCAAGCAAAUCAACUACAAGGGCAGGGAAUAUGACUGCGAUAUCAUCGAUACAGCCGGUCAGGACGAAUACACUCCACUCCACUCGCGUCAUAGCAUUGGUGUCCAUGGCUACAUCCUCGUUUAUUCCGUCACCAAUCGAGUGUCCUUUGAAAUGGUCAAGAAGGUUCAUGAUAAGAUAAUUACUCAGAGCGGGAUGGCCAACAUCCCGUGCGUCGUCGUUGGGCAAAAGAGUGACUUGGCGGAUUCAAGGCAGGUACCGGAGGAAGAAGGGGCUCGUCUCGCAAAAGAGCUGAAAUCAGCCUUUAUAGAGACGAGCGCAAAAGAUGCCUCCCAUAUCCAGGAUGUUUUCGACAAAGCCCUUGACGAAAUCGAGAAGAGGGCGUUACCAGGCUCGCAGGCACCAUCAAAGGAGAGUUCUGGAUGCAUCAUCAUGUAA